AUGGCAUCACCACAGGGUACAAGGAACGCCCCGAAGCCGAAAGAAGCUGUAGAUACCCCUCCCGCUCCGGCCUUGAAGUCGUUGCUGGCUGAGCAAGAUGCAGAGCGGAGAUUUCUGGAGACUCCCAAGCUUGAUUGUGAUAUCGUACGCUUCAUAGAGGAUGCGCAUUUCGGGAACGGCCCGUUGGUAGAGGUGCACAAGGGAGCCAAGAUCAAGGUCAAGCCCCUCACCUCCUUGCCGAGGCGCAAGGAGGACGAGACUCUGGAGCAGUGA